GGACAUGGAGGACCUGAGCGACUACAGCGUCUACAGCCAGCUGACAGACGACGAGCUGAUGCAGCUCGCUGUGGAGCGAAGCCUGUCAGACCCCCCCGCCAGACCUGACCCCCCCCCCAGCCCUGACCCCCCCACAUCCCCAGACAACCCAAAAUGUGACCCAUUUAACGCCCUCUUCAAAGGUCUCCGCAGGGAGCUUAGUCCUGUACAGACGGUCAUUAUGGAGGGGGAUGUUGCUGCUCUGGUGGACUUGGUGAGUCGGGGGUGCAGCAGUCUCACGGAGCCCAAUGACGAAGGCUGGAUCGCUCUGCAUGAAGCUGCUUAUUACGGACAGUUGCACUGCGUAGCCAUCCUCAUUAAAGCCCACCCCAACUUGGUGAACUCUUGGAGUCUGACCAAUCAGACAGCUCUGCUGCUGGCUGCGGGGCGGGGAAACAUUUCCUGUGUCGACUUCCUGCUGAAACAUGGCGCCGACCCAAACCUCGCUGACAAGGACCGGGAGACGCCGCUGCUCACAGCGUGUGAGCAGCCCAACGAAGCCGUGGUGGAUCUGCUGUUGCAGUUCGGCGCCCAGGUGAACCGCUGCACCGUCCAGGGAGAGACGUGUCUCCACGUCGCCUGCAGACAUGGACAACUGGAGCUCUGCAGAAAGCUGCUGGAGGCCGGAGCUGAUCUGAACCGCAAGAACAUCUACGGCAUCCAGCCGAUCUUCACCGCCGCGCAGCACGGACACGCCGACAUCAUCCGCCUGCUCGCCAGCAAAGGUGCAGAUAUAAACGGACAGGCAGCAGACGGAGCCACGCCCCUGUUCGAAGCCUCUAAGAUCGGUCAUGUCUCGGCGGUGGACGCUCUGUUGUCCCUGAACGCAGACACCAACCGGUCCAUGAAGUCGGGCCUGCUGCCUCUUCAUGCCGCGGUCCAGAACAACCACAUCCGCAUCGUGGCGCUGCUGAUCCCGCUCACCAGCAUGGUGCGCGUGCGGCGCUGCGGAAUCAGCCCGCUCCACGUGGCCGCAGAGCACAACCGGGACGACAUCCUGUCGCUGCUGAUCCGGUCCGGCUUCGACGUGAACAGCCGGCUGUCGGACGACCGCGCGUCGAUGUUCGAGGACCGCCGCAGCACGGCGCUCUACUUCUCCGUGUACAACGGGAACCUUGACGCCGCCGCCAUGCUACUGGCGGCCGGCGCCGACCCCGACCUGGACGUCUUCAACCCGCUGCUCAUCGCCGUUCGGAUGUGCUGGAUGGAGAUGGCGGCGCUGUUGCUAAGCUACGGCGCCAAUGCCAACGCCCAGAUCGCCACGGAGCCCUGCGCCUUCCCGGCGGCCAUCUUGCUCCGCAUGGAGUCCCUGCCGAUGCUGAAGCUGCUGCUGGACCACGGCUGCGACGCCGCGCCAUGCUUUGACUGCCCGCACGGCGAGAAGACCCACCCGCCCGUCACGCCGGCGCAGCGCGCCGUCGAGGAGAUGCGCGACAGCAGAGUCGCUCCGCCGCAGCAUCGCAUUGAGUUCUGCGAGGCGGUGUCCAGUUGCCGUAGCGCCGGGCCAAUCAUCUCGCUGCUGCUGGACUACGUCGGCCACGUUCGUCUCUGCUCGCGACUGCUCGACGUCCUAGAGAGACGCAGCGACUGGAAUCCAAUCAGACUCAAAGCUCUUCCUCCUCAUCCUCUGAUGCAACUCUGCAGGCUGAAGAUCAGACGUCUGGUUGGAGUUCGCAAAUUCAAACUGCUCCAAACGCUUCCACUUCCUGUCCCUCUGGUCCGCUUCCUGCACUACGACGUACACUGCUCCCUCUCAUAAAGUCUCAUAAAGUCUUGUAAAGUCUCAUAAAGUAUCA